UGUUUACAUGUGACGGGAGCUGACAGGGAGAGGGUUUACAGGCACCAUGUCGGGGUCUAUAGAGAUCCCUCUUCGGGAUAGCGAUGAGGUUAUUGAAUUGGAUUUGACUCAACUCCCAGAAGGAGAUGAAGUACUUGGGAUCCUCACCAAUGAGAAGGUGCCACUCAAUUAUUGGGUGGAACUUGCCAUUGAAUAUUAUAAGCAAAAAAAUGAGGAGGACUUCGUGCGGAUCUUGGAAGCGAGCCGCACCGAUGCUAACGCAGUGUAUCGUGACUCAGACAAGGACCAGAUGCGUUCCUUUGACACACUGGCAGCUUACUAUGUCCAGAAAGCUAAUAAAGAGAAGGAUAAGACAGCCAAGAAGGACUUGUUCCAAAAAGCCACGUAUCUCUACACCACAGCUGAUAAAAUCAUCAUGUAUGACCAGAACCAUCUUCUGGGUCGAGCUUACUUCUGCCUGCUGGAGGGAGACAAAAUGGAACAGGCCGAUGCACAGUUUAACUUUGUGCUCAACCAGUCUGCUAACAAUAUUCCAUCUCUGCUGGGGAAAGCCUGUAUUGCUUUUAAUAAGAAGGACUAUCGAGGUGCAUUAGCAUUUUACAAGAAAGCCUUGAGAACUAAUCCGAAUUGUCCAGCUGCUGUUCGCUUAGGAAUGGGCCACUGCUUCAUGAAACUUGGGAACCAGGACAAGGCUCGCUUAGCAUUUGAACGAGCAUUGGAGUUGGAUGGAAUGUGUGUCGGGGCUCUUGUUGGUUUGGCGGUGUUGGAACUCAAUGAGAAGAAACCGGAAAAUAUUCGUAGGGGAGUUCAGAUGCUCUCGAAGGCGUAUAACAUUGAUUCUACCAAUCCAAUGGUGUUAAAUCAUUUGGGUAACCACUUCUUUUUCAAACAGGACUUCCAAAAAGUACAACAUCUUGGUUUACACGCAUUUCACAACACUGAAAAUGAAUCGAUGCGUGCUGAGUCCUGUUACCAAAUGGCACGGGCCUUCCACGUGCAAGAAGAUUACUCGCAGGCAUUCCAGUACUACUACCAGGCCACCCAGUAUGCUGCUCCCAACUUUGUCCUCCCGCACUAUGGUCUCGGCCAGAUGUACAUCAACAGAGGCGACACAGAAAAUGCGGCACAGUGUUUUGAAAAGGUUUUGAAGGCACAACCUGGUAAUUAUGAGACCAUGAAGAUUCUGGGCUCUCUCUAUGCCAGCUCCACCUCUCAGAGCAAACGAGACUUGGCUAAACAACAUCUCAAGAAGGUGACAGAACAAUAUAGUGAAGAUGUGGAAGCCUGGAUUGAACUAGCACAGAUCCUAGAGGGCAGUGACUUGCAGGGUUCACUCUCUGCCUACCACAAAGCUACUAAACUCUUACAAGACCUCGUGCAGAUGGACAUCCCUCCAGAGAUUCUUAACAACAUAGCAGCAUUGCAUUUUAGACUUGCCAAUUAUGAAGAGGCUCACAAGCACUUUAAGGAGGCCUGGGACCGUUGUGAGGCUGAGAAGGAGCAGGACCCCCAGUACUACUCCUCCAUCUCCGUCACCAUCAAGUACAACUCUGCUCGGCUGCACGAGAUGUUCUGUCAGUAUGAUAAGGCAGAGAAACUAUAUAAAGAAAUCCUCCAGGAUCAUCCCAAUUAUGUUGACUGUUAUCUUCGCCUUGGAUGUAUGGCAAGAGACCGAGGCCAGAUUUACGAUGCUUCUGAUUGGUACAAGGAAGCACUGCGAAUGAACAAUGAACAUCCUGAUGCCUGGUCACUGAUGGGCAACCUGCAUCUCGCCAAGAAUGAGUGGGGACCUGGACAGAAGAAAUUUGAAAGGAUUUUGAAGAAUCCCAGCACCACGAACGAUUCGUAUUCCCUGAUUGCCCUCGGGAACGUGUGGUUGACAACACUCCACCAGCCAAACCGAGACAAGGAGAAGGAAAGCAAGCAUCAAGACCGAGCCCUUGCCAUGUACAAAAGUGUCCUCCGAACUGAUCCAAGGAGUAUAUGGGCAGCAAAUGGCAUUGGUGCUGUGUUGGCUCACAAGGGAUACAUAAAUGAAGCAAGAGACAUUUUUGCUCAAGUAAGAGAGGCAACAGCAGAUUUCAGUGACGUGUGGAUGAACAUUGCCCACAUCUAUGUAGAACAGAAACAGUAUAUUAACGCUAUUCAGAUGUACGAAAAUUGUCAGAAAAAAUUCUUCAAGUUCCCAAAUGUAGAAGUUCUCGGGUAUUUGGCUCGGGCAUACUUCAAGGCUUCCAAGCUCAAGGAAGCUAAAUACACACUACUCAAGGCUCGUCAUGUUGCUCCACAUGACACCGUGAUCCUCUACAACCUGGCGUUGGUGCUACAGCGUCUGGCUAUGCAAGUACUUAGGGAUGAAAAGUCCGUCCUGAAGACAGUGUUGGCAGCUGUACAUGAGCUGACUCUGGCUCAGAAAUACUUCCAGCACUUGAGUGUCAAUGGAGAUCGUUUGAAGUAUGACUUGGGAGCUGCAGCAGCAGAGGCAAGUCAGUGCCGUGAUCUUCUGUCUCAGGCACAGUACCACGUAUCUCGAGCACGCAGACAGGAUGACGAAGAAAAGGCCCUGAGACGCAAGCAAGAUGAAGAGAGGCAGGCACUGAAACAGAAGGUUGUGGAAGAGAGACAGAAGAUGGAGGACAUGAGGCGGCAAAUCAUAGAAGAUAGGAUGAAAGCACGCGAGGAGUACAAGGAGAAGAUGAAGAAUGCUGUUAUUAUCUCGGAACCUGCCGAAAACACGAAGAGAGGUGGACGCGGUCGCAAACGGGAUAUUGAUAUUUUGUCAGAUGGUUCUGGAGGAGGGAGUGGAGGAGAGGGAGGUGAACCAAGGAGGAAGAAGGGGAAGGGCCGCAGGAAGAAGGAAACUGGAACGAAGAGAUCUAGGAGGGGGAAAGGUACCGGAAGUGACGACGACAAUGACGAUCGAGCCCGAGGCCGCAAACGAGGCAGAGCAGGAGGCAGCCAGAAGGGUAAGAAGUCGGCUUCAAAUGGACUUUCUGCCAGGCAGAAAGGACGUAUUGUCUCUAAAGCAACCAUUUCUGAUUCAUCUGACGACUCUGAUGAUGAGCGUCUCAAGAUUGCUAGUGGCUCCGAUAGCGACAGAGGAGGAACACAAACCAAACGACGUCGGGUUAUGUCUGAAUCUGGUUCUGAUCGUUCACGGUCCAGAUCACGUUCUAGAUCGCGUUCUAAAUCACGUUCAAGAUCGCGUUCGGGUUCGAGGUCUCGCUCAAGGUCACGCUCGGGUUCUGGUUCCAGGUCUGGCAGUCGUUCGGGUUCUGGAUCAAGGUCCCGAAGUCGUAGUGGCUCCAGGAAGAGUGGCUCGGCAUCACGAUCUAGGUCACGCAGUGGCUCACGUUCUGCAAGCCGCUCACCAGCAAGGUCACGAUCUGGAUCAAGGUCGAGGUCAAGAUCAAGUCCAGGUCAAGAUCCAAGUCCAGGUCAAGAUCCAAGUCCAGGUCAAGAUCCAAGUCCAGGUCAAGAUCCAAGUCCAGGUCAAGAUCCAAGUCCAGGUCAAGAUCCAAGUCCAGGUCAAGAUCCAAGUCCAGGUCAAGAUCCAAGUCCAGGUCAAGAUCCAAGUCCAGGUCAAGAUCCAAGUCCAGGUCAAGAUCCAAGUCCAGGUCAAGAUCCAAGUCCAGGUCAAGAUCUAGGUCAAGGUCACAUUCAAGGUCAAAAUCAAGAUCGGGCUCACCUAGAUCUAGGUCUGGAUCUCCCAGAUCUAGGUCUGGAUCUCCCAGAUCUAGGUCUGGAUCCCCUCAAUAUAGAUCUGGCUCACGAUCACCAGCAAAAUCAGGAUCAGAAGCUGAUAGUGAGUGAGUCUGGAGUAGCCUGUCUUAUAAAGUUUGCCUCUAAAAUUUUACUCUGUCAUUAUAGAUUUGAUUUUAGGAUGUAAUCUUUGUUCAAUAUCUCUUGAGAGAAAAAUCUUGUUAAUUACCAUUAUGGUAUGAGGUUGUAUUUUUAAUUAUCAAAAUGUAAGUAAUUAAGACAGACUUGUCUUUUAAACGGAUGACAUAUCUGUUGAAUCAGAUGUUUUAUUUGAUGACCAUAUAUUGACCUUUUUUGUUGACCAUAUAUUGACUUUUUUGAUGACUGUAUAUUGACCUUUUAUGUUGACCAUUUAUUGAUUUUUUUGAUGACCAUACACUGUAUAUUAACUUUUUUUUAUGACCAUAUAUUGAAAUUUUUUUGUUGACCAUUUACUGACUUUUUUGAUGACCAUACACUGUAUAUUGGCUUUUUUUUAUGACCAUAUAUUGACUUUUUUGUGUUUCAGUAGAUUUCCUAUUUAUAUAUAGGUCAUGUUACAAUAAAUGUAUUCUGUGAAUGAUGUUUUCAUUAUAUAUGCUUAUUUUGUAAGACUGUCUUAAGAAGCUACAAAAUAAAACAAGCAAUUCA